CUAAUCGGGGGAAGAUAAAAUUUCUGAUUAAGCACUGAAAAUCGACGCGAGGAAAUUACCGUACUGCAGUAACAGAGAAAGCAAGCAUAAUGUCAAGCAAGGAGGAGAUUCAUCCAGACAUCUGGCGAACGUGCAAUAAGAUCCGUGCUGCCGUAGCCCAGAAAAACGUCAACCUGUGGGAUAUUCUCAGUCCCCUCGACCCGCAGAAGGACUCUUUGGUUUCCGAGUCGGAGUUCUGCAACGCUGUGCGCCAGGCGAUUGGGCUGAGUGACCUUGAGGCUGCCCAGGUGGCGGCUCACUUCCGAGCCAACGGCGGUCGCAUCCUCUACCGGCAGUUCUGCUCGCUCAUACAUGGUCAAGAUGCGCCCUGCCCGGCGGAGGUGCAACCGCAGUGGGCGGACGCGCAACACGUGAGGGAAUUGUCUCAGUGCGAGGAGCGUCGCCUGUGCAUGCUGCUGCGAAAGCUGGCUGCCGCGGUCGCAGCGCGCCGACUCAUACUCAGGCCCUACUUCUACGACUACGAGCUAGUGAGUACAGAGAUCCGUCUCAGCUUCGACAACUUUUUCUGUCACUGUCCAUACUACUGUUGUGUCUACGUCGUGUCUCUUAUUGUUUACUUUAACUGA